AUGAACAAAGUCCAUUUUAGUAUUGCUGCUGUCCUUGUACUAGCAGUAAUUCGUAAUAGUGAAUGUUUUACAGCCGGAUGGGGCGGACUUAUUCCAUUAACGAGUACAGAAGUCUCAUCAUCUGGUACAACGCAUUAUGCCAUAACUGAGUGUGCAUUGCUCCGAAUUGCAGCAGAUUACUUAACGAAAGUACAUGGUUCAACAGAUUUAGAUAGCAUCGGCAGUUCGACAGGUGUUUGCUCCAAAGUAAAAGACGAUUUCAAUUCGAUCGAAAACGAAGUUAAACGACUUCGAGUAAGCAGUACAUUUCGUUCAGCUGUUUAUGCUAUUUCGACGGAAAACGUCCUUGUCGAUGGUUUGGAGUGGUAUAAUGAAAGGUCGCACUUUGAUGGCGAAACUUUUACACAAGCCUCCGGAUUAGUAGCCAUGCGAUUAAAUUCUGCUAAGAGCAAUUUAGGAGCCGAUAAUUUGUAUCACGCCCGGGCUUAUUUUGGUCAAGCUAUGCAUACGUUGCAAGACUUCUAUGCUCAUUCAAAUUGGAUUGAACUUGGACAAACUGAGCCCAACACGAAUAUUGGUAGUGGUAUUAUUCUUGGCAAAUAUGCAUCGAAGAGUAUGCCAACUUGCAGGAAUUGCAAUAGCACAGAUUGCGCAAAAGAUAAUAUUUUGCCUGAAAUAAUUAAAGAUGGUUGGCUGACCAGUGGCUAUUUUGGUUUAACACCUUUGGCAAAAAAGCCGUUGGGUAAAUGCAGUCAUGGUGGUUCAGCUGAUGCGACAACAGACGAGGAAGCAACUGGCUUUGGUAUCAAUAAAGAUUAUGCUACUUCUGAUCAUGGCAUGUUCUACCAUUAUGAUGCAGCUCGAGUUGCGUAUGAAGCUACAAAACAAAAACUUUCUCAGUUAUGGACACAAUUUGGUGAUACUACAUUCGGUCGUUUUCUUGGCCUCGAAACCACAAGUCUUGCCAUUGCAAUUGAUACAACAGGCAGUAUGGCUCCAUACAUCGAACUAGUCAAACAAAUGGCUAUUCGCAUCGUGCAAAGCACAACUGGUGAUUCAGCAGUACUUCGUCCACGUAACUAUAUUCUGUCUCCAUUCAAUGACCCUGGCUAUGGGCCACUAGUAGUGACGACAAAUGCACAGGUAUUGAUUGACGCCAUUUCUGCUUUGACAGCGUCCGGUGGAGGUGACUUGCCUGAACUAUACUAUCACGGAUUGAAUGAAGCAUUGAAUGUUUGUGAACGUGAUUCAAGCGUAUUUACAUUUACUGAUGCGCCAGCGAAAGAUGCCUAUUUGAGAAGUCAAAUACUUGCUAAAGCUUCAGAAAUGAAUAUUCGUGUCUAUUCGUUUUACGCUGGUGCGAUAUAUAUUGGCCGACGAAAACGUCAAUCUACUGGUACAACUGACAGUAUCGAAGCAUUAGAUGGAUCCGAUGGACAUGACAUUGCUUCGGCUACCGGAGGACUUACCAUGGGAAUCCAAGCAGGUGAUGCAAAUGCUACCGCAGAAUAUGUCAUGGGUCGUUUAGCACGGCCUGAAUCUAUACUGACAAUCAAUCUACCAGGAUCGACCAACUUAACAUUUGAAGUUGACGACUCAAUAACUGUUAUAAAUAUCGAUGUUAGUUCAACACAGCUAUUAUCUGGUUCUGUAGAACUCAUUGAUUCUAAAGGAAAUUUGUUGAAACCAACACCGAUAGCUGCUUCUAAUUUCUUUAAAUUAUAUAAGAUACAAAAAGCCACAGCUGGCACGUGGAAACUACAUUCAUAUUAUAUUGGUAAACAUAGCAUUGAGUUAAGUAGCGAUACUUCGAUUUCUUGUACAACAACACUCUGCGAAGUACACAAAGGACAUACGCUUGAGUACAUGCCCUUGCAAGAUACGCCACUAGUUAAUCAAACAGAUCUUGUUCUACUGACUGUAUGUGAAAAUUUACCUUCUCAUAUUACAAACGGAUCUGUUAAAUUGAUUAAUAACCAAGGUACGAUCAUAACUGAACUGUAUCCAUCGACAUUCGGUAAAAAUGGUUUUAUCACGUCGAUUCAAAUACCUGACGUUGACUUUCGAAUGUUAACAACUGUUAGUCUUGCCGAUAGCAACAAAAUUCAACGUCAGGCACCACAACUUAUAUCACCCACCACCAUCAAAAUUGAUCUCACCAAUCAACCUUAUAUUAUCACUGGUAACACUACUUUGAAUAUGACAUAUACGAUCUACAAUCGAGCGCAAGCAACUCUCAAUAUUACAUUAUGCAUAACAGAUUCUAUGAAACUGUUGAAUACAACUGAAAAAUGCGUUUCACCAUAUGUAAUCCCAAGUCAAAACAGCAUCACAGACCAACUGCCGGUAUUCAACAUAUACAAUCCGAAUAUAACCACAUCUCUUUUCACAUUUACUAUAAGUGCACCUGCAAACGAUAGUGUGAGCGCUCCAAAAGUGACUAAUUACAAGACUGUGACAUUAUAUACGGAAGAUAAAGCUUAUGAGGAAGCGUCACUAACAAACAGCGGUUUAAUUUUGCUUACUCCAUUGUGUAGCAUUUAG